AUGAACAUCCUUGUCGCUAUGGGAUUAUUAUUAGGUCUUUUUUUAUUCAUAUUAUUACAAAUUCCUAUACUUUAUGCUCUAUCUGAGACCUUUAGAUAUCAUAUUCGUAUGAUUGGUGUAUAUAUUGUUAUUUUUGUUUCUGCAUGGGUUUAUGUACUUAUAUGUGGACCAUAUGUUUAUAUGAAAGAUUGUGGUGCUCAUUUAUCUUUUUAUGCUGCAUCUCUUCUAGCCUGGUGGACUGGAAUUAAAGUUGAAGUUAGAAAUAGAAAAAUUUUAGAUAAUUGCAAUGGUCCAGCUAUUUUGCUUAGUAACCACCAAAGUUCUCUUGAUCUUAUUAUUCUUGGACAUUAUAUGCCUACAAAAUGUGUUAUAAUGUCAAAAAAAAGUUUAAAAUAUAUACCAGGAAUUAAUUUUGGUGCUAUGCUUGCUCAUACAAUAUUUGUAGAUAGAAAAAACAAGGAAGAUGCUCAGAAAAGUCUUGAUGAUUGUUGUAGAAUUAUGAAAGAAGGUAAUUUUAAAUGUUUUAUUUAUCCUGAAGGAACCAGAAAUCAUGGUCAUGGAUUAUUACCGUUUAAGAAAGGAGCAUUCAAUAUAGCUGUAAAUGGUCAAAUUCCUAUUAUACCAUGUGUCAUCUCUGAUUAUGCAAAUUUCUAUUCAAAACCAAAAAAAUACUUCAAAAGUAAUGGUAAAGUUAUUGUGGAUAUUUUAGAUCCAAUUCCAACUGAAGGAUUAACACGUGAUAAUGUAAAUGAUCUAGUUGAAAAAGUUAGAAAUACUAUGUUAGAAUCAUAUGAAAAAAUUAGUAAUGAACUUUUACCAAAUGUUUCUAAUUAA